CCACUGGUUCUAGAUAGGCUGGCUUCGGGUUGGGUAUUUGCCGGGUUCACACACUGCAAUGAUUACUAGUAUAAGGCUACACCAACGCUUCUCCAAGUUUAGUCACAUUUACCUUCCCCCAUGGAUCCUUCAAAGAUAAGAGAGAAAAUCGUUCGCUUUCGAAUCCUCGUUGUAGGAAGAGCGAAUGCCGGAAAAACUACAAUCCUACAGCGAGUUUGCAACACACGGGACGACCCAGAAAUCCACGACAGCGCCGGGAAAAAGAUCGAACUUGCAGUUAUAGAAGCAUCCAGAGAGCGUGGACUGCACGACAUCGAGAACGAAAUGGUGUUUCGAAGCAAUCCGGGCUUCGUUUUUCAUGAUUCACGCGGGUUUGAGGCAGGCGGCAAAGACGAAUUUGAGAAGGUGAAGGUAUUCAUCACUGGCCGUUCCAAGGAGAGGAAAAUAACAAAUCGACUUCAUGCCAUAUGGUACUGCAUCCCAAUGGACGAAGCACACAGGUCGUUCACUGCAGCUGAACGGAGAUUCUUCUCUGAGUGCGACACAGGAACCAUUCCAGUGAUCGUAGUGUUCACCAAGUUCGAUGCCCUCUACGAUGUAGCAUACUCACAACUGAGAAAGGAAGGUAAAUCUCUGAAAGACGCUCGAGAACUGGCCCCGAAACGCGCCGAAGAAACAUUCCCAGACGGACCGCAAUUGAAGUUUCUCAAGGGCGUCAAAUGGCCUCCAAAAGGUCAUGUAUGCCUCCCUAAUAUGAAUGAGGAUAAUGCAGAUUGUGGGGCGCUGAUUGAAAGCACGGCUGGAACGUUGAACGAUGAAAUGUUGGAACAAUUAUUCGUCUCGACCCAGCAGACCAGCUUGGAGAUCUGCAUGAGAUAUGCAAUUGAGAGGUAACUACUCAUGGUUUCAUUCGCCUGCCGCAGGUGUUGGGAACUGAUAUUGUCCAGAACGCUCCCAAAACAUCUCGACUCUGCUAAGAGAACAACGACCGAAGACUACAAGGGGAUAGUAGGGACCUUGGGCGCCUGGUUUCCUCAUAUUUGGGUGUUCUCGUGAGUCCGUCGAUCCUCGUUCGAGCAAGAGCCAUGCUGAUCCAAGUCGUUGCCCGCCGUUCGCAGAUCG